AUGGCCAUAGGACGAAUUCCCUUUGCAUUUUUGGAGGAUAUCCAUGGAAGAUUUGUCAAGACAUAUGGUCGUGCUGCGCUGACAGCUCUUGCAUACACAAUGAACGAUGAGUUCUCAAGGGUCCUGAGCCAGCAGAUGGACCACUAUUCAAAUGACCCUAACGCAGAUAGAAUAAACCGUAUGAGAGGCGAAAUCAAUCAGGUCCGUAGUGUUAUGAUCGAUAACAUCGAUAAAGUCCUUGAAAGAGGUGAUCGUUUGGAGCUCCUUGUUGACAAGAAUAUUUCAUUAAGACGUUUCCAACAUGGUGUUAUGGCCGCAUUGAUACUUCUUCUCCUGGUAAUAAUUUACGUCGUUCUUGUCUUCGUGUGUCAUGGAUUCACCUUACCUACUUGUAUACGGUAAGAUAUGGUCUGCGCAUGCUGUCUUGUGGCGUGCCUGUUUAUGUCCCUGUCCAUUCGAGCAGCUAUUGCAAUACCAUUGCAAUAAGUUUUCUUAGAGGAGGAAAGCUACAAAUUAUGGUGCAAUUGUGAUGCCGUUGAUUGUGAAUUCUAAAUUAAAGAUGUAAACUUCGCAUAAAACUGCUUCUUGUGGGUCUGGCUGUGAGAUAGU